AUGUCUCGAUCCGCCGCGGACGCAACGCGGUUUACGGCCACAGGGCCCUACGCCAGCUCCAAGCCUAACGGCCAGCCAUACGAUCUGCCGGAUUUCAUGAAGUCGAAGAACAGCACAGCGAAGCCCACGCCAGCACCACAGGCCGGACCCGAUGGUACCCCGGAGACACCUAAGCAGAAGGUGGAACGAUUGCGAGCACAGGCACGGGCUGCCCGGAUGGCUCAGAACUCAUCUGGUGUUGAUCGAUGGAUUGAAAUUGGACGGAAAUUCGCCAACAAGGCCCACAAGGGAAUGGUUUACUCUUUGAUUCUUGCGUCUGGUACCUGCGCUAUCCUCACAGCUUACUCCAUGGUCUCCCUCACAAUGUACAACCGCCGCCAACGCACUCUGUGGAUGGAGAAGCAGAUUGAGACUCUCAACGAAGCCCGUCUUGCCCAGGCCAGCGGCUACGCGACUGAGGAACAACUCGAGCUUAUCAAGAAGGAGGAGAUUGGAGAGAUUAUCAAGCGCAACCGGGAGGAGGAGAAGGCACAGCGCCCAUGGGCCAAGGCGAAGCGAUUCCUCUUCGAGAAGAUGAACACAGAGGAUGCUGCUGCUACCGGAGCCCAGACUGCCGUCGCUGUCUCAAAUUCAGCAGCUGAGCCUACCAAGGUGGUGGACGCCGCCGAGGCGAAGAAGGCUUUUGAGGCUGCUGCUGCCAAGGCCAUGCCUGGUCAGCUGGAUGUGAUGGCUGAGAAUGCUGAGCAAGCUGCGAAGGAGAAGUCCAAGGGUUGGUUCAGCUGGGCCACUGGCCGUUAA